CGUUAAUGGCACAUGCGUCGUGCUUUGUUUUGACGUAUGCUGUCGAAUACAUAAUACAAGCGGAACGUCAUGAUUUGUCGCGAUGUCAUUUAAGUAGCUGUUGGAGUUAAAUGUGUGCUCAGAGAUCAGUGGUGGUGUGCCACGUGAACAUCGUAUAAUCAUUUCGUCAGUAGCAGUGUUCAUUGACUCCACCAAAUUUAAAGUGAAUGAUGAUCACUGCUUAAAUAUAUCAAAACAGAAAUCCAAAAGAAAUCCAUCUUAACAUCAUGUGGAAGCCGUUUGAGGCUGGCAGUUCACCAGUAGAUUGGUGUGAGGGCAAUUACAGCAUCUCACCAAGCAUAGCUGAAUUUAUGAAUACGUUCAGUAAUAUAGUUUUCCUGUUACUCCCACCUGUACUCAUGCAUCUAUUCAGAGAUUAUGGACGCUUUGUAAAUCCAGGAAUUCAUAUAAUCUGGUUUUUAUUGAUGAUAGUAGGACUUAGCAGUGCAUACUUUCAUGCUACUUUAUCAUUAAUAGGUCAACUAUUGGAUGAAUUAGCUAUUUUGUGGGUAUACAUGGCAGGUUUCUGCAUGUUCUUUCCAAGAAGAUAUUUCCCAAAUAUUUUUCAUAACAAUAGGAAGCUUUUUUCUAUAUGUGCAACUUUACCAACUCUAGUUGCCACUGGCUUGGCACUAAUACAUCCGGCUGUAAAUGCUUUUGCACUGAUGACUUUGGGUAUACCAGCAUUUGGAUUUAUGAUCAUAGAAUUAAAGAGAACCACUUCAAUGAGAGUCUACAGACUGGGAUUACGAUGCGGCGCUGUUUGGAUACUAGCGGUGAUUUGUUGGUUAAAUGAUCGCUUAUUCUGUGAUACAUGGCUGAACCUGAAUUUUCCAUAUCUCCACGCAUUGUGGCAUUUAUUUAUUUUCAUAGCAAGUUAUACCGCGGCGGUAUUGUUUGCUUAUUUCUCGGUAAAGGAGGAAAAGCCGCAGCAGUUUCCAAUGCUUAGAUAUUGGCCUAGAGAUGACUUUGAACUCGGCAUACCGUAUGUGACUAUUCGAAGUUACAUUAAAUUAGACAAUAAUUCAAAUAUAUAGUUAGUAUUCUCCUAAUCGUUAAAAUCUGUAAUCAGAGUAUAAUGCAUUUAUUGCAGUUAAAAUUUAGUUAUUAAGUCUUUAUAUGAAAAAUUGCUGAAAUUAUGUUAUAUGUUAAUUUCGUUUAAAUGUAUUUUCAGGGCUUUCUAUUUUUAUUUUAAUAUUACGUUCACUUUAGAGCAAUUUUAGCAUUAUAUGCAUAUGACGUCAUGUUAUAAGAAAUUUGAAAAAAAGAUACGUGUUUAGAAAAUUACACUCUAAAUGGUAAUAAGCACUUAAAUGGAAGGUUUAAUAUAAAAAUUUUUAAUUCUGA